AUGGCAGGAGAGCUCUCUAGACCCCCAGUGUUCCCACAAUGGCAUCUCCAGAACCGUCUGAACGUCACUCCUGAAGCACAAGUGUUCUGGAAGGUCCACAGUGGAGCACCAGUGUUCUGGAAGGUCCACAGUGAAGCACCAGUCUUCUGGAAGGUCCACAGUGAAGCACCAGUGUUCUGGAAGGUCCACAGUGAAGCACCAGUGUUCUGGAAGGUCCACAGUGAAGCACCAGUGUUCUGGAAGGUCCACAGUGAAGCACCAGUCUUCUGGAAGGUCCACAGUGGAGCACCAGUGUUCUGGAAGGUCCACAGUGAAGCACCAGUCUUCUGGAAGGUCCACAGUGAAGCACCAGUCUUCUGGAAGGUCCACAGUGAAGCACCAGUGUUCUGGAAGGUCCACAGUGAAGCACCAGUGUUCUGGAAGGUCCACAGUGAAGCACCAGUGUUCUGGAAGGUCCACAGUGAAGCACCAGUGUUCUGGAAGGUCCGCAGUGGAGCACCAGUGUUCUGGAAGGUCCACAGUGAAGCACCAGUGCUCUGGAAGGUCCACAGUGAAGCACCAGUCUUCUGGAAGGUCCACAGUGAAGCACCAGUGUUCUGGAAGGUCCACAGUGAAGCACCAGUGCUCUGGAAGGUCCACAGUGAAGCACCAGUGCUCUGGAAGGUCCGCAGUGAAGCACCAGUGUUCUGGAAGGUCCACAGUGAAGCACCAAUGUUCUGGAAGGUCCACAGUGAAGCACCAAUGUUCUGGAAGGUCCACAGUGAAGCACCAAUGUUCUGGAAGGUCCACAGUGAAGCACCAAUGUUCUGGAAGGUCCACAGUGAAGUACCAAUGUUCUGGAAAGUCCACUGUGAAGCACCAAUGUUCUGGAAGGUCCACAGUGAAGCACCAAUGUUCUGGAAGGUCCACAGUGAAGCACCAAUGUUCUGGAAGGUCCACAGUGAAGCAUUAAUGCUCUGGAAGGUCAACAGUGAAGCGCCAAUGUUCUGGAAGGUCCACAGUGAGGAAGCAUUAAUGCUCUGGAAGUUCCACAGUGAAGCAUUAAUGCUCUGGAAGGUGAACAGUGACUCAUUAAUGCUCUGGAAAGUCCACAGUGAGGAAGCAUUAAUGCUCUGGAAGGUCUACAGUGAGGAAGCAUUAAUGCUCUGGAAGUUCCACAGUGAAGCAUUAAUGCUCAGGAAGGUCCACAGUGAAGCAUUAAUGCUCUGGAAGGUUUACAGUGAAGCAUUAAUGCUAUGGAAAGUCCACAGGGAAGCAUUAAUGCUCUGA